AAUGUAAGCAGCAAUUAUUGCUCCUAAUAAGGUUUAAAUAGGAAUUUAAAAUUCAAAAUUAGAAGUUUUUGAUGAUGUAAAACAACUCUAAAAGGUUGGAGGUUACAAAAAGAUCUAAGCUAUAAGAGUUUUCUAUACAGAAAAAUCGUAUUUUGUUCCAUUCUAUAUUUUAGUGUACGUGGAUUUGAAAUAUUUUACAAAUUAAAUGCUGGAGACCUAUUGAAAGCAGGUCAUAAUGUCCCAAAAUCCAAGAAAGAGCUUAAGAAUGUUUUAAUUGAAAUAGGACCUGAUGAUUACGUAAGUGAAAUAUUUGGUGCAUACUAAUCUGCUAAAAAGAAUAGAAUCAUAAAUAUUACAUUUGUAACUUAUCGUGGUAAGGUUUAAACCUUUGGUGGUAUUGGAGAUUAGUCCUUUAGAUUUUGUUUUCCAGGAUUCACAUUUGGAGGAUUCAAAGGAGGGUAAAAUCAAAAUAUUUAAUAUAUAGAUAUAAGAAAUCAGUAGAGUGGUUAGAAAUAGAUAUUCUUCCUUUGCCUGAGGAUUUUAAAAUAGAAAUGGAAAAACUAGGAAUUUUAAGAAUUCAGUAAAUAAGUUUAUAACCUGAAAGAACUUAGAGUAAUGUUAAUAAUCCUUCAAAUACUCCUGGAUAAACUCCAAUUUUUAUUGUUCCAAAGAUAUAGGUAGCUAAACCUAUGAUUGCUGUUUCUGCAAUCACUGUACCUUAGAUAAAUUAAUAAAAUAAUAAUAUAUAAUAAUAACAACCUUAAUAUUAAUAAAAUAUUCCAUUUUAAUAAUAACCAUAUUAAUAAUACACAUAAUAAUAAUAAUAGAAUCCUUAAUAUGGAUAAUAAUAUCCAUAAUAUCCAUAAUAAUAAUAAUAUCCUUAAUAUCCAUAAUAAUAGUAAUACUAAUAAAUUCCUAAUUAAUAAAUUCCUUAUGUUCCAUAGAAUUAGUAUUCAUAAUCCUAGAAUUCAUACAAUAAUAGUAAUUAUCCUAAAUUUAAUUGA